GGAUAUCCACUUUUCAGUUCAGUAGACAACACACUGAUGAGCUCUCUCUCACUUCUUCUUCUUCAUCGUCGACGAUAUUACAGUUUAGCUCAGUGAGCGGCCAGACACCCAUCUCUCGUUCGAUCCUUGACCACGUCUAUCGCCACAUUUCGUGACAGUUUACACAAAAGGGACAUUUAUACGCGCUGUGCCAUUGAAUAUCAGCUGACGGGGGGAUCAUUUACGGCCAUCCCGCAAUAUAGUCAACCAUUUGUUCGCCGUGCGGCCCGUGUCGCCCGUGACGUGAGGUGCGCAAAUUUUUUUCGAAAUUCACAAAGUGUUGUACGCACGCCAUGACUUCGACGACGAGUUCACGCACCCACGAGCAAGUCCAGCAACCAGCCGAUUGCUGGAAUGACUGGAACAGUCCGACAUUGAUCCAUCAUCACAGCGCUAGUUUCAACACGCCCAUGCGAGCCAUGGAAGCUUGCCUACUCACGGCCGGCGGACAAGAACAGCAUCAAUUUUACCGAUCGGAACCGCAUCAACAGGGAGCCGGCCCGCCGGUCAUGAUGCAACAGGAGACGUGUGACAAAUCUUCCGUCUCACCUACACCUACGACGACAGCCUCACACAACAACAACAACAACAGCCUUUCGUCUGGAAUGUCGCCUUUGGGCGGCGGGAAUCACAGCGGCGAUCAGUCCAGCGUGACCAAGGAAGAACGAACGAGCCGGCAAAGGGGUCAAUCUAGUCCUAGUCCAAACCUAGAACAAGAAAUAAAGAAACCGCUUCACGCUAAAUUAACUGGAGUCAACGCUAGUCUCGAGAUGAAAGCUCUGUGGGAUGAAUUCAACGAAUUGGGUACCGAAAUGAUUGUCACCAAAGCGGGAAGGCGGAUGUUCCCGACGCUUCAGGUGCGCCUAUUCGGACUCGACGCCAAUUCGGAUUACAUGCUCAUGAUGGACUUUGUGCCAGUGGAUGACAAGCGAUAUCGUUACGCCUUUCACAGUUCAAGUUGGGUAGUGGCGGGGAAAUCGGAUCCCAACUCUCCGCCUAGGAUUCACGUUCAUCCGGACUCGCCGGCCAAAGGUUCGCAAUGGACGAAACAAGUCGUCUCGUUCGACAAGUUGAAGCUAACCAACAACCAGCUGGAUGACAACGGACACAUCAUAUUGAAUUCCAUGCACCGCUACCAGCCCCGUUUCCACGUUGUCUACAUCAACCAGAGGACCGAAGACGCAUCGCAGACCGAGAACUUUCGCACGUUCAUCUUCCCAGAGACCAAGUUCACGGCCGUCACGGCCUAUCAGAAUCACCGGAUUACUCAAUUGAAGAUUGCCAGCAACCCGUUCGCCAAAGGAUUUCGGGAUUGCGAUCCCGACGAUUGUGUCGUCGACGUGCUGAAUCACAUGCAACCCAAUGUGUCUAGUGCCAGCAAUAGUAGCCGUCCGUCGGGUGGUGGUGGCAAUAGCAGCCGGAACUCCACCUCGGCUACAACAUCAACAACAACCUCGUCCUCUUUGGUCGCAUCUUCUUCAUCGACAUCAUCAUCCCGUUUCCCGGGAUCUUCACCAUCGGGAGCUUAUUCAUCGCCAACUUUCCACCACUCCAAGGAAUCCAAAGGUAAGGUCCCACACACCCGUGUUGUUGUUGUUGUUCUAUUUUGUCUCUUGCAGUUCAGCCGGAAAGAUUUUUGUUUUGUUUUUUUCCAGCCGCCGUGGUUCGGACGGUUUGCUGGAGCAUUUCUUUUACAAUAGAUGAAUUAGUCUGACGAUGAUGGAUGGUUUUGACGAAAUAAACGAGCGGUAGCGAAGGAGGCGGGAUAAGGUAGGCUGGCCAUGUGGGAGGGAAGAAGAGGAAUGAACAGUGACGUAGAAAUGUAACGUGACGCCCGGCUCCCAUAGGCAGCAGCCAGCACCCCCCAUCUUCCAUUCAUAGAGUUUUGGCACCCAGUACGCAAACGCGCAGUACAGUUCCAAAGUAACUAUUUGAAUCCAGCGCGAUGGAAUUCAUAAGAAAGAAGAAGACAGACAAAGACGAUCAGGAGAUUUCGACUUCUAGGAACCAUUAGGCUAAAUGACGGGCGGAAAACAAUUUGGUGAUGAACUGACUACAACGUGUUCCCCUCCCCCCCUUUUUUUCUUUUAAUGAAUGGUCAUCAUUUUCCUUUGUAAGAAAAUCUUCUUCUACCGAGUUUGGGUCAGCUUCUUCCUGGAACUCUGUAAUUUUCGCUAUGUGGAAAUGAGACGAAAAAAGGGAGCCCAGCCAUUACGUAAAUACGCCGGAUCUUUUUCCGAGAGGUGUGAAAAGAGACGGCCCCGUCACACUCGGCUCAUUACCCCAUGUCGUACGCUCCGUUUCGUUCCAGUAGCCGAGUUGUUUUUAGGAUGAAAAGCGGAGAAAAUGCACUUCCACAACCGAAAAAGGGGAAACCCAAAUUUGUUGUUGUUUCAACGGCAACGGCCGGUUCUCGUCUCGUUCGCGCCAUGUUGAUUUUACCAAUCCAUCAAUCUGGAUUUUUCAAAUUUGAUUCCAUUAAUGUACAUGUUACACACUAGUCUUGA